CUCCUGUUCUUGUAACUGAAUAAAGAUCAAGAUCAAGAAUAAUUUUUUAUUUUUCCCAUUAUUUGGUUACAUAAAAAAAAACCACAUACGAUCUUCCAAUUGUUGAGUAAUAAAGUCUAAAGGCACUACCUUAUAUGGCGAAAUUAACAGCCCAUAUGCCAAAAUGCAUUUCUUCUUAUGGAGUGAUUAAGGAUCAUGCAAGUAUUUGGAUUUGUAGAGCUUUUGUCACUUCCACAAGGCCUUGUGAAAAACAAUAUUUGGAUAAAGAGACGUGCGAAAAGGUGAAGGAAGCAGCAGUAGCAGUUACAGAAGGGAUUAAAGAAGCAAGGCAAACCGGUCAAUUUGUUAAAGAAACUAUCACUACUAACGCUGGAACGGUUGUUACUGAGAUGGCUAAAAAAGCGCUUGAAAAGGCAUCAGAAGAUGGUGAAGAUGAAGAGAAGGAAGGAAAAAGUGCAUGGCAAAAGGUGAAGGAAGUUGUAAAAGGAAAAGAUAAAUAGAACAGUUAGACGAUUGACUUCAUUUACCAAAUUAUUUCUCCAAAAAUUAAGCUGGAAUUAAUAGUCAUUUGUGAAAUUUAAAUGCUUUUUCCUAAGUUAAGUUACUUGUUGAUUUGCUAAUCGGAUCUAUUAGCAGUUCGCAACAGGUAACCAAAGUAGUUUAUAAUCUUUCUGUCCCACAUAAACUGUAAAUCAUAAAUAAUUGAUAAUUUACAAUGAUCUUUACUCUUCCAUCUUGCUGGAUAUAAGGGAA